UCUUCUACAGAAUAUUCCGGAGCUCUUCCUGGUCUCCCUACUUCCUAUGCUGCUUUGCUAAGAAUUAAGAAGAGUUCAUCUUCACCCGUGUUUGGUUCAAAGACUAGACCACGAUACAGCAGUCCUUCAUUAGGAGCCCUGAGUGUUUCUUCACCAAGCUGGCGAGGGACAGCUCAACAUUAUUAUUCCCCCAUCAACCUUUAUCAUUCAUCAGAUGCUUUCAAACAAGAUGAAAGUGUGGACUAUGGGCCAGUGUUUGUGCAAGAACCAGAUGAUAUAAUUUUCCCAACUGAUUCUGAUGAAAAGAAAGUAGCACUGAAUUGUGAAGUUCGUGGCAAUCCAGUCCCCAAUUACAGAUGGCUUCGAAAUGGAACAGAAAUUGAUUUGGAAAGUGAUUAUCGCUACAGCUUGAUCGACGGGACCUUCAUUAUAAGCAAUCCAAGUGAAGCAAGAGAUUCUGGCCAUUACCAGUGUUUAGCAGCCAACACUUGGGGAAGUGUUCUUAGUAGAGAGGCCAUACUUCAGUUUGCCUAUCUGGGGAAUUUUAGUGGCCGGACGAGAAGUGCAGUCUCUGUGAGGGAAGGCCAGGGGGUUGUUCUGCUGUGCUCGCCUCCGCCUCAUUCGCCAGAGAUCAUCUAUAGCUGGGUAUUUAACGAAUUCCCUUCCUUUGUGGCGGAAGACAGUCGGCGGUUCAUUUCCCAGGAGACAGGCAACCUUUAUAUUUCUAAAGUCCAAGCAUCGGAUGUUGGCAGCUAUAUUUGUCUGGUGAAAAACACAGUGACGAAUGCCCGAGUACUUAGUCCUCCAACACCACUCACUCUACGAAAUGAUGGUGUGAUGGGAGAGUACGAGCCGAAAAUUGAGGUCCAUUUUCCUUUAACUGUUACAGCUGCUAAGGGAACAACUGUUAAGCUGGAGUGCUUUGCCCUUGGCAACCCAGUUCCAACAAUUACAUGGAUGAAGGUUAAUGGCUAUAUCCCUAGCAAGGCACGGCUGCGGAAGUCUCAGGCAGUGCUGGAAAUACCCAAUGUGCAGCUGGAUGAUGCAGGCGUAUAUGAGUGCAGAGCUGAAAACUCGCGUGGAAAAAAUUCCUUUCGUGGACAGUUACAAGUAUACACUUACCCACACUGGGUAGAAAAGCUCAAUGAUACUCAGUUGGACAGUGGGAGCCCUCUCCGCUGGGAGUGUAAGGCUACUGGGAAACCCAGGCCCACAUACCGCUGGCUGAAGAACGGAGUGCCCCUCUUAACUCAGAGUAAGGUUGAGAUGGUUAAUGGAGUACUGAUGAUCCACAGCGUGAAUCAGUCAGAUGCUGGGAUGUAUCAGUGUUUGGCUGAAAAUAAAUAUGGAGCCAUUUAUGCAAGUGCUGAGCUGAAAAUUCUAGCUUCAGCUCCCACUUUUGCACUGAAUCAGUUGAAGAAAGCAAUAAUUGUUACCAAAGGCCGGGAAGUCUUCAUAGAGUGCAAACCCCAAGGCUCUCCAAAACCAACCAUCUCUUGGAAGAAGGGAGACAAAGCAAUUAGAGAGACUAAAAGAAUAGCUAUUCUUCCAGACGGGAAUCUGCGGAUCCUAAAUGCUUCUAAAUCAGAUGAGGGAAAGUACGUUUGCCGAGGGGAAAAUGUCUUUGGUUCUGCUGAAAUCAUAGCUUCAGUAUCUGUAAAAGAACCUACAAAAAUAGAACUUACUCCUAAAAGAACAGAGUUAACAGUGGGAGAAAGCAUUGUUCUUAACUGUAAAGCAAUCCAUGAUGCUAGUUUGGAUGUCACUUUCUACUGGACACUGAAAGGACAGCCUAUCGAUUUCGAGAAAGAAGGUGGACAUUUUGAAAGCAUCAGGGCCCAAGCAUCCUCUGCAGAUUUAAUGAUCAGGAACAUCCUUCUGAUGCAUGCUGGGAGAUAUGGCUGCAGGGUACAGACCACAGCAGACAGUGUGUCAGAUGAGGCAGAACUUCUUGUUAGGGGUCCCCCAGGCCCACCAGGGAUAGUGAUCGUUGAAGAGAUCACCGAAAACACAGCCACACUCUCCUGGAGUCAAGCAGCUGACAACCACAGCCCGAUCUCCUCCUACAAUCUGCAGGCUCGCAGCCCAUUCUCCCUGGGCUGGCAAACAGUGAAAACAGUCCCAGAAAUCAUAACAGGGGACAUGGAGUCAGCCAUGGCGGUGGACUUGAACCCCUGGGUGGAAUAUGAAUUUAGAGUGGUUGCCACCAAUCCAAUUGGGACUGGAGAUCCAAGCACCCCGUCUCGAAUGAUCCGCACCAAUGAAGCAGUUCCAAAGACAGCACCCACCAACGUAAGUGGAAGAAGUGGAAGAAGGCACGAGUUAGUCAUUGCCUGGGAGCCAGUAUCUGAAGAGUUUCAGAAUGGGGAAGGCUUUGGCUAUAUUGUGGCUUUCAGGCCCAAUGGAACACGCGGGUGGAAGGAGAAAAUGGUGACAUCCUCUGAAGCUUCGAAGUUCAUUUAUCGAGAUGAAAGUGUUCCUCCUCUUACUCCCUUUGAAGUGAAAGUUGGUGUCUACAACAAUAAAGGGGAUGGACCUUUUAGUCAAAUUGUGGUCAUCUGCUCAGCUGAAGGAGAACCCAGUGCCGCUCCCACGGAUGUCAAAGCUACAAGUGUGUCCAUGUCAGAGAUUCUUAUUGCAUGGAAACAUCUGAAAGAGAGCCUAGGAAGACCACAGGGAUUUGAGGUUAGUUAUCGGAAAGACGAGGAACAAGAAGAUGCAGCAGAAACAGUCAAAACGAAGGGGAACGAGUCAUCUGUCACCCUGACAGGACUGGAAGGAAACACAUUAUAUCACUUCACAGUGAGGGCCUAUAACGGAGCUGGGUAUGGGCCAGCGAGCGGCGAAGCGAGCGCAACCACCAAGAAACCCCCCCCUAGUCAAGCACCUGCCAACCUCAGAUGGGAGCAGCAAGGCUCUGAGCUUUCUCUGGGCUGGGAACCUGUCAGACCAUUAGCCAACGAAUCUGAAGUCAUGGGCUACAAGGUUUUUUAUAGGCAAGAGGGCCACAGCAACAGUCAAGUUAUUGAAACACAGAAACCUCAAGCGGUAGUACCUCUCCCCGAUGCUGGAGUCUACAUCAUUGAAGUUCGAGCAUCUAGUGAAGGAGGGGAUGGAACGGCUAGUUCCCAAAUCAGGGUACCAUCAUAUUCAGGUGGAAAAAUCACUAGUGCUCAGUCAACCCUCCAUACUCUCUCCACAUCUUCAUCAUCAGUAACGUUGCUCUUGGCAUUGAUGAUUCCUUCAACCUCUUGGUGAAAACCGCAGACUUAAUUUGCUUUACUCUGAUAAUAGUGACGAAGAGUGUACUAUAAGUGGAGACCCAGGACACUGGAAUGAGCUUUAAAAACUUGGGAUUAUACAUGAUGCACUUAUAGGAAGUUGGGGGAAAUAUUACUUAUCCAUCAGGUUUUUCUUUGUUUUUUGUCAAUGGAGAGGACAGUUCUUGGUCCAAUAAAAAUAUGCAGGUUGUAUGUAAUGAUUUUUUAAAGCAAUGGUAAUUUCUGUCUAAUGUAUUCUUUAAUUUUUUAAUAUGUGGGAAUUUGAUUUUAUAUCUGAUAACCCUACAUGUGUGCCAUCCAUUUGUUAAGUAAGUGGUUUCUAGCAGAUCUGUUUCAAACACAAAUCCAAAACUGAGAAUGAAAACUUUGGUUAAGACUCUGAAUCUACUGUUUUUCCUUUUCCCUUUGGCUUAUAUUUCAAUUGACAACAUGACAGGAGAUAUGAAAAAUACUUCAGUUGUGUGGGCCAUUAUAGGAUAAGUAUACAAAAAUUUUCUGGAAAAAUAUUGUAUGACUGCAUAGUGAAAUAGCAAAAUUUGUCAAUAUGCUAUUCUAUAUGCAUCCCUAGAGCAAGUUAUUAGGGUAGGGAAUAAGCCAUUUAUAUUAGUGCAAGAUAAAUAGACAGUGAGUCCAAAUGAAUUUAAAUGAUGUUGUUUCUCAUCAAGUUCUAUGUUAUCUAGCUGCAAAUAUAUUAAAUGUUUAUUUUUAAUAACAAAAGAGUUUAAAGUCACAAAAAAUAUGGUUACUAAGAACUGCAGACACUGACUUAUUGUGAAGGGUGCUAACUUGUAAAUGAAAUUACAACAGACACAGCUUCCUGUUUCCACACCUACUGCCAAAACAGAGGUGGAAUGAGAUCCAAGGUUUUCUUCUAAUUGAAAAUAAUUUUAAAGACAAUGAAAAAUUGUCAUGCAAAUAAUUAUGCAUACAUAUAGUCUGUAAAUUAAAAUGGUUCAAGCAUAACAAAUAAAUUUUGAUCUUUAAACAGUUCUGUGCAUCACAUACCACUUAUAAAUUAUUACCAACUGUUAAGUAAAAAGGAUCUCUAGGAUAAACUGAUUUUUUAAAUUAAACUGUGGAAACAUGGCCACAGUACAAAGUGAGCCCCAUUUGCUAUUUGGAGGCAUCAACCAAGACCCAUUUGAUCCUAGAUAGUUGUUAGAAAGUGAGGUGAACGUUUUCUGCUUGGUGAUAUUUUUACAAAAGUUCUAACCAACAUGAGAACUUGUCAGAGUUUGCAUCACACCCAAAAAGAUGCCUGAAGAGAAAUUUUUUGCAAAGUCAUACACCAAUAAACAGCCUGCAUGUUAACAGGUGAUGUUAAUCUAUACUAAUAAAAGGGUAAUAUGGUAAUUAGACCAGAUUGACCAGACAUCUUCUGGACAUCCGACAUCCUUCCGGAUAAAACUGGGGCCCGGCCCUGGGGAAGCCACCCUGGAGGCAGGGAAGCCACCCACGAUCACGGUCCCGGGUGCCUGCGACCUGGGCCGGGCAAAGCCGGCCAUGGUCCUGGGUGCCUGUGGCAGGCCAGAGGGAGGGAAGCCCGUGUCCCAGGUGCCUGCUUCCAGCCAGAGGGAGGGAAGCCCGGGUCCCAGGUGCCUGCUUCCAGCCAGAGGGAGGGAAGCCCAAGUCCCGGGUGUGGGGGCCAACGCUGAGGCGGUUAGGGGUGAUCAGGGAGGCAG